CGUUACGAAAAAGCAUGGCGGGGGAUAAAGCCGUUUUAAAUUUUCUUGACGUUUCUGAACAAGAAUCUAUCCCCUUGUCGAUUAAAACAAAGUUAGAAGAAGUGAUCAGCAAAUAUCAUGAUGAAAAUGAUGACCUGAAAGUAAAAUAUGAGAGACUAAGAGUUAACUCUGAACAGCAGUAUUUUGAUGUAGAAAAACAACUAGUUAGCAGUAAUAAUAAACUAGAAUCAGAAACUUCUACAAAUGCAGAGCUUAAGGACACAUUGGCACAGCUGGAACAAAAAUACAAAGAAGUAUCAGAGAAAUUCACAGAGCUUGGAGAUACACAAGAAGGAAGCCUCACAUCACAGUUGCAACUUACAAGAUCCAAUGAACAGCUUGAAGCAGAGAAAAGAGAUCUUACUGUGUUAUUGGAGAAAAAGAAUAAAGAAUUAGACCGAUUAAAUGAUGAAUGGAAAGAUUUCACAGAGAAGUUGUCAAAGGCUAACACAGCCAAGUUUGAAGCACAAGCCAAGUUAUCAGACAUGCAAAGUAGUAUGGUUACCAUAGAGUUUCAAUCAAAAAGAUUACAACAAGAAAAUGAACAGAUGAAAGGACAGAUUGAUUGGUUAAAUAAGGAACUUGGUGAAAAAACAAAGGAAUUAAUGAAUAACAGAAAAGAACAGUCAAGUAAAUUGAUAGAUCUACAGACACAGUUAGAGGAGAAGACAGAAGAAUUAAGACAGUUAACCAAUUCUAUGGAAACUCUAAGGAAAACCAACAGUGAUCAGGCUCAGAGGAUAGAUAAACUCAUUCAGAAGUCUAAAGAUGUGUGUGAUUCACAGAUACAGAGUGAAGAACAGUUUAGACAGGAGCUGGAGGCCAAGUCAAAACUGUCAGAACUUUACAGGACUUCGGCAGAAGAAGCUGAAGAAAAAAUAAAGGAAUUAAGUAGAGCUGUAGAUGAACUACAGAAAUUACUAAGAGAUUCUGCAAAUGAUCAUACUAAUAUGGAAAAAGAAAAAGAUAAUGAGAUUGAAAAACUUAACAAAGAAAUUGAGGAUCGAGAGAGUGGAAUCAGGCUGUUAAAGCAAGAGUUGGUGAAUGCUAAUGACCUUAUUGAUGCAGCAAGGAAGAAAAAUGCCACCGACCAGCAAGUGGACUCCAUGUUUCCAUCAGCGGCUGCCACCAGUAAAUAUUUAAAAUCUGGCAUGACAUUAACACAGAUAUACAAUGCUUUUGUGAAUGUAUCUGAUGAGCUUAUGUUAGAGAAAGAAGAAAACAAGAGACUGCAGCAAUACCUGGAUGAUAUACUUCAUGAAAUAGAAGAAAAGGCACCUGUCCUAAAGAAGCAAAAAGAGGAUUAUGUACAGGCUUUACAGAAUAUUGAUCAGUUGACCAAACAGUUGGAUAGUUCAUUAUUGGAAAAUCAGAAUUUGAGAUCAGAGGCAGAUGAGAGCAUCAGGAAAUUUAAUCACAUGCAGAGAGAAAAUCAUAAAUAUCAACAACAAAUGCUAGAUCUGUCACAUCAGGUUCAGUUCUUAGUAAAAGAGAUAGAGGAAGUCAAAACUGGAAGAAUUGUAAGGUCAGAGGAUGCCAAUGUAUCAUCAUCAGAAAUCAGUAGUUCAUGUGAAGCAAUAUCAUCUAAACUUGUCACUUUUAGGGACAUAGAAGAUCUACAGAGACAAAAUCAGAGACUUAUAGCUGUGAUACGAGAACUGAGUGAAAAGAAAGAAGAAGAAGAAAAAUUAGCCACAGAAUCUAAAACAAAGGAACUAAAAGAUCAGCUUUAUAUUGCACACAAUGAAUUGAAAGAGCUAAAGAUGGCUAGAGAUAGACAGCAAGAGAUGGUUGAAGCUAUUGUGAAUCAGAGAGAUAUGUACAAAGUUCUAGCACAAGAGACUGCGGGAACAUUGCCACAUUCCUUCAUGAACACACCAAAGCCCAGUAGAAGUGUCAGUGCUAGUCUUCAGAGUCCUGUAACAUCAAUGAGGAGUCCAGGUCUAGAUAAAACUAUGGAAGAAACCAAGGUUGCAUUGAAACAGAUGACUGAAGAUUUCAGUACUUAUAAAAAAGAAAGAAGUGAAAAUGAAAGAAUGUUAAAUGAGCAGAUAGAUAAAACAAGACAGAAUCAAGCGGAUACCAGAGUACAGAAUGCUAAAUUAGCAUCACAGUUAGAUUUCCAGGCUGAGAGAUACAAAGUUUUACUUAGUAAUAAUGAAGGUUAUAAAAAAGAAAUUGCCUCCCUUAGAGAAAAAGUACAGAAAUAUUCUACAUCUGUAGCCAAGCAUGAACAGACAGUCAAUACACUUAGACAGGAUGCAAUGUCAUCACAAGAAAAUCUUGCUAGAGCUCAGGCUCAGGCGCAGAACUUCAAAAUGGAGAAAGAACUUCUAAAGAGUUCAGAAGGAAGAUUACUUCAGGAAAUAGAGAGUCAUAGAAGAGAGAGGCAAUCACAGAGCAUGUUAAUGGCAAACUUAGAGGCUAUAAAGAAUAAUUUAGAAAGGUCAGAGUUUGAUACAAAGACGAGAUACAGUAAUAAGAUAGAAUCACUAGAGAUGGAAGUCAAUACAUUGAAGAGAAAGUUAAAAGCUGAAGAAGAUGAACAUAGAGCACUUAAUACUCUGUGGGAGAAACAGACAAAGAGUUUGAGGUCACAGUUAGAACAGACAUUAAAGGAACAGGAAAGUUACAAAAGUAAAUGUACAGCUUUGGAGAAAGAAAAGCAACAACUUAAACAGCAGACUGUAGAUUUGGAAUACAAAUUGAAAACAGCUGAGCAGACCCUAGCCAAUCGUGGCACUGUAGCAGGAAUGCCUGCAAUACCAUCUUUGGAGUCAAGUACUGCAGACCAGGAAACUAUUAAAGACCUUAGAUUGACCAUUGAACAAUCUAACCAGGAAAUCAAAAACUUACAAGAUCAGUUACAACAUAUCAGAGAACAAAAACAACAGUAUAUGUCUAUAUCUGAAGGCCUACAGAAAACUGUGGCAGAACAUACUGAUGUUGCCAAAGAGUUUGAACAAAGUCGUCAACAAAUUAUGGAAGAGAUGCAGAGGGCUAAGCAAUUAGCUGAAAGAUUGCAGAAGGAGAAACAGCAAUUAAUGAAUGAAAAUAUCAGAUUAUCGGAGGACAGCCAUACUCAGAAUGCUGACAUAAGAAAGAAAUUAGAUGAGACACAGAUUGAGUUACAGGAAGCCGUAGAAAGGAGAGAAGUGGCCAUUUGUAAUGAGAUGGUUGCUGUGGAAGAAAGUUCUGUACAGAGUAAAUUAGCUGCUGAGACUCAGGAUAAGUACCAGAGAGAGUUGAUAUUACAUGCUGCUGAUGUAGAAACGCUGACCGUAGUCAAAAGACAGCUUGAAGAGUUUAACACCAGACUGGCUACAGAAAGAGAUAUCAGAAUUCAAGCAGAAAGAAAAUUGGAAGAACAUUUGAGUUCAUCAUCAGAGAGGGAAGGAUUGAUGAAAGUAGAAAUAGAAAGAAUAGAACAAAGAAACAGAGAAUUAACUAACCAGAAUAAACUGUUACAUGAACAGAUGGAAAAGAUGAGUAAAGAGAUGUUGUCAGUUCAAGCAGCAGUUACCAGGAGAGAAAGUUUAAACACAUCCUUUGGUGAAGAAACAUCCAAGUCUUCUGAACAACUCUUAGAAGUUAUAAAGUUUCUGAGAAAGGAGAAGGACAUAGCUGAAUCAAGGUUAGAUGUAGUACAAGCAGAAACAGCUAGAAUUAAACAGAGAAAUGAACUCCUACAUAGAGAGAUAGAGGACAUUAAUAAAGUAUUAGCAGAAGAGAGAGAACAAUCACAGGCUAGUUUACAGACAGCAGCAAAGCAUGCUGAGCUGAUGAAGAAGGUGGAGAACUUAAAUCUGCUGACAGAUAGUAACAAACUACUGAGAGAGGAAAAGGAUAAAUUACAACAAGAAAUGGAAACAUUAGAGGCUAAGGUGAAUAAACUUGAAAGAGAUAUAAACCCAAUGAUGCAGACAAUCAGAGAUAAACAAGUUACCAUAGAUACAUUAGCAGCAGAGAAAAAUGCUCUGAAAACAGAAGUGGAUAGAUGGAAGGCUAGAACUAGUCAUCUUAUAGAACAGUCAAAUAAGUCAGAUCCAGAGGAGAAAAAGAGAUUAAUACAGGAACGUGAAAACUUGAAAAAAGAAUUAUCUGGAAUUACAGAAGAGAACCAUAGACAAAAAGCCGAGAUUUCCAGAACAAAUCAAAGUUCACAGAAUAUGCAGACUGAGCUUACCAAAUCAAAUCAGAAUGUACUGAACGCACAACAGGAAAUUACCUCACUAAAGACAGAAAUAGAGAACCUCAAAAAAAAAUUACAAACAACAGAGCAAGAUCUGCAGACUAAAACAAACGAGGACGACACUAAACAGAAAACAAUAGUUCAGUUAAAAAAGAUUGGAAGAAAAUACAAAGAGCAGACAGAAAUUAUUAGUAAAGAAAUGGAGGAUUUAAAACAGAAACUGGCAUCCCAGGAGGAACAACAACCAAGUGCAGCAGCCUUAGAACAGGCUACCAGCUCAUUCAGAGAACAGCUGACAAACACAGAAAAAGAGAGAGAUGAACUUAAAAUGAAAGUCGAACAGAAUGAAAAUGAAAGUAAACAGAUCAGAGAACAGGAAAUGAAAAUUAGGGAGAAAGUACAAGAGGAACUUGAUAAGUUAAAGACUGACCAUGCCAAAGUGAAAGAAGAAAAAGAUGAUCAUGAGAAGAAGGUUAAUCAGUCAAAACAAGUUUUACUUACAGCAAGGAAAAAGAUUGGUUCUCAAAAUGAAGAAAUUCAAAAUCAAAAUGCUGAAUUAGAAAAGUUACGACAGAAAAUAAAAUCUGAAGAAGAAAGCUCAAAUGUGACAGAAGGAAGAUUAAAGAGUCAUUAUGAAUCAAGAAUUACCUCCCUUGAAAAAGAGUUAUCUGAACUGAAAGAAUCUGCAGUAGCAGCAAGUCAGGUGCCUGAUCUGAAAACCAACAUAGAUAGACUUGAAAAGGAGAAGUCUGAUUUACAGAAUAAUAUAACUGAACAAAAGUCCAAAAUUGUAGAGCUUCAAAAUAAGAUUCAACAGUUACAGAAGCCACCUAAAGCAGUGGCACCCAAGACACAAGUGGCUAGACCAUCACCAACUGUGGCAGUAGAGGGAACUAGUCAGUCAUCAGAAGCUCCACCUCCAAAGACGACAGCACCAAUUAGACCAAUAGCCUCUCCUGUUGCCAGAGCCCAUCCUACACCUAGUCAGACCCAGGCCAAUAUGAAGGCUACAGCUAGUAUAAGACCUAUGCCUUCUCCAUUAUCUGUUGCUAUUACUACACCCACUGCAACUGUGAUGCCUACAACUGUAUCCCAUCAGGAACCCCAAGAGGAUGGGGUACCAGCAGCACAAAUAUCUCCUGUGACCACAACAACUAGGCCUACACAACAAGUCCAGAGAGUUAUACCUCAGCAAGAGUUGUCAGACCAAAGUUUACCAGAUUCAGAAUCAUCACAACCAGAGACUGUUGUCGUAGAACCCCAGCAGUCGACAUCAAUACAGCAGACGACAGUUGUCACACCCAUGACUCAGACAGCUGUUGCAACUACACUGGUUCAACCUACAAUACAGCCAUCCACAUCAGCAGGAACCAGUAGAGAAGGAGCAACUAAAAGAACAAGAGAGGAUAGUGCUGAAGAAGAAACUGAGGCUAAAAGGUCAAAGGUGAUACCACAUCAGGAAGCUCAGGUGAUACCCAGUAUAGUGGUGACAGAAUCAUCAGACAGAUUACAGGAACAGUUACCUGAUUACCUUAGUGCUGAGGAAGAAACACAAACAGAGGAGCAGACGCUAACAGGUCUAGCUGAUGACCAAACUCAGACAUCAGAACCAGCAACACUGACCUUCACAGAAGAAGAUUUAGCAGGUUCACAGCAGCAGUCAGAUAAUGUAGACACAGCCAAUGUUGAAGAGGAAGAAGGUGAUGAUGACGAUGGUAUUAUUAUUCUGGAUGAAGAUAACGAGGAAAGUGGUGAAGAAGAAUAUGGAGAUGAAAAUGAGGGUGAUGAUGAGGAUGAGGUCGAGGAAGAGGAAGUGGAUAUUUAUGAAGAUAUGGAUGAAUAUCAUGAUGCUCAGGAGGGCGACGAGCCAAUACAGGAAGAUGAUUAUCAGGGGCAGGAUGGUGAUAUGGAGGAAGAGGAGGAUUAUUCUGUGGAGCAGGAAGAUGACAUGCAGGAUGAUCAGAGAGGAGAUGAGGAGGAGGAAGAGGAAGACGAUGAUGAUGCUGUAGUCGUUAUAGAGAGUGACGAAGAGGAUUCUAGAAUGGAGGCUCAAGAAGUGGAAAAUCAACCUACAACACAGGCAAAUACAGUUUCUGUCCAACCAGUGAUGCUGCAACAACAGGCUCAGCCAAUCGAAAGACAGACAUCUGUCACUAGGGCACAGUUAACUCCCUUUAUAAUUGGGAGCCAAGGCUAUGAAGAUGGAGAGGAUGGAAUAGUACCCAGUACACCAACCUUAUAUAUACCUAUGAGAGGGGACGGGUUUGCUGAAGCUAUCAGUUCACCAAUGGUACAGCAAAGAUUUACGUUUGGAUUGUCAUCGUCAGAGAGUCAUUCAGACUUGGCUCAAUUAGAAUCACAAAGAGCGUGUGGAAUGGAUGAUACCCGUAUGGACUUAUCACAGUUACAGGAGGGUAGUGGAAGAAGUGUACCUAGUACACCACUGAGGACCACAGCUCCUGUAUCUAUCAGUGAGUCAGCCUUGGCAGCAGCUGCAGCAGCCAGUCAGUCAGCCUCAGAAUCUAUCCAAGGAACAGAGGAGAGUCAUUCUACACAAGAUGUACCAGGACUUUUAGAAGAACAGACAGAACCAGACUCAACAGACACAGGGGACAAUGCUCAAGGAGUAGAUGAUACAGAUGGCCAGCCAGGAACGUCAGCUGACUUGGGAGAACAAGAUGGUGCAUCUAGGGACGACACAUCUGAUAGAUCUGACGAAAAGCCAAAAAUACAGCCUAUUGUAUGGGAAGCUGGUGCUGCCAUUAGAACACAAACAGGUCAUACUGGUCCGUCAUUCCGUUCACGUCCACCUCGACGAGGACAGCCUCCAUAUCAAGGUCAUACUCAACAGAGAGGUAGAGGACAGUUCAGUCAGAGAGGCAGGAGUCCUGUUCCACGAAGUACACGAGGUGGAGCUAGAGGCAGUAGAGGAGGCAUGUUCAGAUCUCCAAACAUGUACUGACCCUAGUUUUAUACUGUAACUUAACUAUGUUUGUCAAAUAAUAAAGCAUGGAUGUUAAAUUUUUAAAAUCAUCAGUACUGAUUAUGCCUGAAAACUUAUGUCUUAACAUUAUGUCAUUUGAAACAUCAGUACAUGAUUAAUGAAAAAUAUUAUGACAGAUACGGAAAUAUUUAUGAAACAUUCUGAAACUCCUAUAUUUAAUAAUUUUAUCAUGUGCAAUAAAUAAAAUUGGUCUAAUAACAAAUGUAUAUUAAAGUAAAAAUUGUAAAAGGUACUAUAUUUUUGGUUUGUUUCUUGUUUUGAUAACUCAAGAGUUUUUGAAGUAUAUCAGAAAGGUUGUUUAAAUAAUAGUGCUAAGAGAUAAUUGAUUGUUAGACAUUUUACAAGUAAAUAUGAAGCAUAUUCCACAGUAAAAGUAUAAAUGUUGUAACUUAAAUUUGCUCUCAAAUGUUCUCUGGAAAGUAAACAAAAGUUGUUUUGUUAAAAAGUAUGAUAUCCUUUCAUUAAAAAUUAAAUUUCUUGAUAAGUGUGACACGUUAUAGCCGUAAGCAUUGUUUUUUGUUCACAAAGUUUUUUUAUAGGAUGUUUUUAACAGUUUUUGGCACUACAUGUAUUACUAACUUCAGGCUUGUUUUAAUAAUUAAAAGAAAAAAUUAAAAAGUGUAUAUGUGACGAAAUACAAAAAAAAUGUGAAUUUUGUAUUAUUAUAUUUCUGUUCAUAUGCUUAUUUUUGCAUUUCUAUGAAUGAUUGUGUAUUGGACCAUAUAAGGAAGAACGGUUUGUUAUCAAUAUGAAUGAUAUGUAGUAAUGAAUGUCAUUUUGCAUUAAAUGAUUAAAUGUCA